CAACCUUUGGAGUUUGUGUUUCUUCAGCACCAGACUAUCAAAUCCUUUUAGCUUCUGUUUUCCCAAUCUUUGCCGGCUGCAACUAUGUCGUCAGUUUCUUACUUGGUUCAAGCACAGUCUCACCAGAGCCGCCGCAAAAGCAACCGGAAAAUCGGGUUCCGAAAGCGAUGUGUGAUGAUGGCAAAGCACCAGAAAACCAGGUUCUACAUCCUCGGACGCUGCGUUUCGAUGCUCCUCUGCUGGCACGACCACUCCAUAUCGGAUUAGAUAUUGUGAAAAGCUCCGGUUCAGGAAUCAGAUUUUGCGAUCGAGAUUAGAGAUGGUGAUGGAGAUUUAGUUCUGGGUCAAAGCCAAGAACUUGCGCGUAGGCAGAAGGGGCUUGUUUUGCAUCUAGUUAGGAGAGAAUGAUAUGCCAAGACAAAUCUAAAUAGUACGAGUCUAAUUUGUAAUUGUGUGACUUCAGUUUGCCUCUUUUCCUUGGCAAAUCCCUUGAAAUGAAUCCAUGUACAUAUUCAAAUAGUCAAAAGGAGAAGAUUGAUACACAGU